GGGGAAGCACCCAGGUCCCCCGGAGUCCGGCGCCGCCGCCCCGCCGCCCCGCCGCCUCCGCCACCGCCGGCCCCGCCGUGACGCCCUGCAAACACCCCGGGUCCGGGCCGCGGCUCCCAGCGGGCGCCGGGCGAGGGAGCCGCCGGGACAAUGCUGAGGCGGGCGAGGUGAGGCGCCGGCUCUGCCUCCGCCGGCAGCGCCCGAGGGGCGUCUCGAACAGGUGAUCGGAGGAGCCACCCGGAAGCCGAGGCCACCUGGGCACCCCUCUGCCCCCCCCGCCCCCCCCACGGCCAGGCCCUGCCCCCGCCAGAGAAGCUGGGGAAACCAUGGCGACCAAUUUCAACGACAUCGUCAAGCAAGGCUACGUGAGGAUGAAGAGCAGGAAGCUCGGGAUCUACCGCAGGUGCUGGCUGGUGUUCCGGAAGUCCUCCAGCAAGGGGCCCCAGCGGCUGGAGAAGUACCCGGACGAGAAGUCCGUGUGCCUCCGAGGCUGCCCCAAGGUGACCGAGAUCAGUAACGUGAAGUGUGUCACACGACUCCCCAAGGAGACCAAGAGGCAGGCGGUGGCCAUCAUCUUCACGGACGACUCGGCCCGCACCUUCACCUGCGACUCCGAGCUGGAGGCGGAGGAGUGGUACAAGACCCUGUCUGUGGAGUGUCUGGGGUCGCGGCUCAACGACAUCAGCCUGGGAGAGCCGGACCUCCUGGCCCCGGGGGUGCAGUGUGAGCAGACAGAUCGCUUCAACGUCUUCCUGUUACCCUGCCCCAACCUGGACGUGUACGGCGAGUGCAAGCUGCAGAUCACCCACGAGAACAUCUACCUCUGGGACAUCCACAACCCCCGCGCGAAGCUCGUCUCCUGGCCCCUCUGCUCCCUGCGCCGCUACGGCCGGGACGCCACGCGCUUCACCUUCGAGGCCGGCCGGAUGUGUGACGCUGGGGAAGGGCUGUACACCUUCCAGACGCAGGAAGGGGAGCAGAUCUACCAGCGGGUCCACAGCGCCACCCUGGCCAUCGCCGAGCAGCACAAGCGGGUCCUGCUGGAGAUGGAGAAGAAUGUGAGGCUGCUGAACAAGGGCACGGAACACUACUCCUACCCCUGCACGCCCACGACCAUGCUGCCCCGCAGCGCCUACUGGCACCACAUCACGGGCUCCCAGAACAUCGCCGAGGCCUCCAGCUGCGGCGGUGAGUCCCCGCGGCGCCCCUCGGCCACCUGCCACGAGGCUCCGUGGACGACGAGGCCUCCUGGGCAGGGACCUUCCGGCCCGGACCCAAGCCCUGAGCCCGCCCCUGUGUCCACAGGUGAGGGGUACGGGGCGGCCCAGGCCAGCUCGGAAACGGACCUCCUCGACAGAUUCAUCCUGCUCAAGCCAAAGCCCAGCCAGGGGGACGGCGGCGGGGCCAGGACGCCCGCCCAGUGACAGCGGGCUGGUGCGCACCACCGACUGCGGGGCUGCCCGCCGCGCACCGAGGACAGCCGCGAGGGGGGGCUGCUGGCCACGCGCCUGGAGAAGGGGAGCCGCUGCCCCUUCCUCGCCCCCACGGGGGAGGCCGGACCGAGGCAGAGGGCUGGCCACACGGCCCGAGCAUGUGCGAGCGGCUAGAGCUACCGUGGGACUAUUUCCUGUUCGUGAUGUUAAUAUUUAUAUACGGCUUAUGACACGUCCUGUGUUAACGAGAUUCCCCCGUCCCUCCCUGCCGCCACGUCCACUUUUGAAUCCCAUGACCAGGCCACCGCCGCGGCUGGUUCUGAACGUGCUCCGUGGCACAGCCUCCCGCUCAGCUGCCAGGACCUGCCUGAGCUGCCAGGACCCGCCUGAGCUGCCGGGGGCCGGAGGCAGACAAUCAGAACUCAAGGCUGGUGCUGCUGGCAGGCUCUUCCCAGGAGCCAAGGGCUAAGGCAGCAAGUGGCUUCUCAGUUCCUCUGGGCCCAGUGGCGCAGGAAGGAUCCGAACUCCCGCCGUGCCACUUGCUGACAUCCGGCUGACACCUCAGUGAAAAGCUGGUUUGAAGAAGACAGUUUCUGCCCGGGCUCCUUCCCGCUUUGUAAGCCGGGGAGACCUCUGUGGGCAGGAGAGCUGGUGGCCUCGGCCGGGAGACGCCGCCAGGCCAGGAGGGGGGGCCGACGGGACUGCUGUGGGGAGCUCCCUGCGGCCCCCCCUCGCUGACCCGGGCUGGCAGUGCCCCUGCGGAGAGAGGCCCCUCUCUGGCUGGCCACCCUUUGGCCAGAAAGUACUCAGAAACCAGCCCUCCCACUUCCUCCCCACAUGGUGCUGAGGCUCCCUGCUGAGAUGCAAUUAAAGCAAUUGAUUUUCUAGCGCUGGUAUUUAUUGACUACUGGGCAAAGGGCUAUCUUUCUAUCCACAUCAAACCUUCCGUUGUGUGUGUGUUUUUUUUUUUA